AUGACAGAUUCCAAGUCAGUCGCUGUUAUUGGAGCGGGCAUAUUUGGUCUUUCACUGGCGAUUGCCCUGCGAGAUCGAAAUUACGAAGUGACUGUCUUUGAUCGAAGUCAGUACGAUGAAAAUGGAUACGACCCAACAGCCGACGACGUACAAGCUGCAUCCGCCGAUCACAACAAAAUCUUCCGCGCGUCAUAUGGGAAAGAGAUUCACUAUCAGCGUCUCGCACUGGAAAGCCGAAAAGCGUGGCUCUUGGAGGACGAAAAGCGUGGAUCAACCGAACAAGACGACGGUAGAGAUGUUGGACUUUUCGUUAAUAGCGGAAUGCUCCGUAUACAGCCCCUUGACCACUUGGCUGCCCUAGAGAAGGAGACUCUAGCUAACAUGCGGCGCGAUGGUCUGCGAGACACGCAGUUCGUCAAGAGUGACCCCGCAGACUGCGAACGGGCUGAUAAGCUGGGCUGGAAAGACAAGAUUCUCAAUUUCCACAUCCCAGAUUCUGAAAGCACUUAUGAGGCGGUACUUGACUCCCUGGCUGGAUUUCUGAGGUGCAGUAAUGCCUGUGCUCAUUACCAAAAAGUGGCCGCCGACAAGGGCGUGAAAUUUCAUCUAGGGCCACAGGAGGGAGCCGUUGAUCACUUGGUUAAAGUGAAAAGCAACCUCGAGCCAAGCAAAGAUAAAGUGACAGGUUUGAAGACCAAGGAUGGUGUUGUUCAUGAUGCAGAUGCCGUUGUUGUGGCUGGUAAGUCGCGAGAGACCCCGUUCUCCCCAUCUGCUUUUACUCACAAUUUCGAAGCCGGAUCAUUUUCGACACAAAUACUUCCUGAAUUGAGCUAUCACCUCGAAUCCUCAGCAGGCAGCCUUGGAACCUUUAAGAUAGACAAGAGAAACACCGAGCUAUGGGACAAGUACUCACCGGAACGAUUUCCCGUCAUGACCUGGAAGAGUACACCACGAGACACUUCCGGAAAGGACACAGGGAGUAUCUACGUUCUACCAAGAACUCCGGAAGGCCUCGUCAAGAUUGGAUACCGUGGAAUAAAGUGGACCAACUUCCAACCAGCGCCGCAAGAUACCCCGUUCACCCAGGAUGGUCAAUGGUCGGUGCCUCUUCCAGCGGAGGAGUGCUCACUACUUCCAGAGCCAGCCUUGUAUGCCAUUAAGCAAUUUGUGUCUAUCUUCCUGCCUGAGUUCGAGAAUACGCCCUUUUUCUCCACAAAACUUUGCUGGUACACUGACUCGCUGGAUAAUUCGUUCGUGAUCGAUCAUGUCCCAACUUAUGCAGAGAAAUCUGUCUUCGUUUGUACCGGGGGUAGUGGCCAUGGUGCAAAGUUCCUACCGGUCCUGGGAAAGCAUGCGGCGGAAAUAUUCGAGAAUGGUGAUCACAGCACAUCCUUCAUGCGCUCAUUCUGGCGCUGGCGUCCUGAUGCGCCUAGAAGAAACGGGUUGGAAGAGGGCCCCGGUGGACCACGAGAUAUUUCGCACAAUUAA